AUGGGCUUUUUUACUAGACUAUCAAUACUUUUCACACUUUUAUGUCAGUUAAGAGUAUCGAUGUAGCAAAGGUGUGUAUCAAGUAUAAAUUCAAGAUUAAAUUGGUUCGAUUUUGAUCAGUGCUAGGUUUUUGAGGAUAUUUUUACCUUAGUAUUUUUUCAUCCUGGUGAUUUUGAUAAACUUGCUAUAGGUUUCAAAGAUCUAAAGCAUGUUGCUUAAAAUCUAUUCUUAUCUGACUAGGAGUAACUAAGCUAAAAACAUGCGAAUAUUCUUGUUGUGGAUAUGUAAAAAUACUACUGGCUAGCUCAGUAGUUCAAUAUCGUAUACCCAGAGAGUAAGAUAAUAGUAGUACAAAAUAAAACUCAUUUUGAGUACAAUGGAGAGCUUACACCAAAAUAUUUAAUGAAUUGGAUAAAGAUUAAGACUCAAAUUUACCCUCAGAUUUUUUAAAACUAAGAAGAAAUCGAUUAAUUCAUGGAAAAAUAUCUGCAGAAUGAAGAGAUUUUGAUUGUUUACACUCCGAUGCAAGAACAUUUGGCUGAGUAGUUCAUUUAGACUUCAUAAAGAUUGACUAUGACUAGUCCUCUCUAUUACUUCAGGCUCCUUAUCUUAAAUGAUAUUUAAGCAGAAGUUGGUUUGAACAGUUCCUAUGAUUUGACAAUUUAUAAAAAAACUAACAAUACUAUCAGUCGUAAAAAUUUACUGCUUAAUGAGUUUAAUGUGGAAAAAUUGGUUAAGCUAAUAGAAUAUGAUGUUUAUAGGGCCUACAAGGUCAUACAAAAUUUCAUUUAGGCUAACUUAUAAGAAAGAACAAACAUGAAUGUUUACUUAAGGUGUAAUUCCAAAUUGCCAUUUUACAAGUAUCAGCUUUCAGAAUUUGAAAAAGUUGCUAGAUUUUUAAAGGACAAGCAUAGAUUCUUCGUUUAUGAUUAAUUUGAGUCACCUGCACUUGAUGGAAUAUUUACCAAAGGAGUUGAACAUAAGAUCAAUUAAUGCAAUAUUUUUGUGUACUAUGUAGACUCUAGAACCAUUUAAUAAACUUAUUAUCUGAGUUUGCUUGAUCGAAAAUUUAAAGCUAGAGAUAUAUAUGCAUUCUUAAAUUAAUAUCGUGAGCUCAGUCUUCCAGAUUUAAAGCAGAAUGGAAUAUACGAGCCAGAUUUUAUAGAAGAUUAUUUGUUUUAGAGAGCUAAAUAGUAAAAAUAAUUCAACAGUGAAUAAUGCUUAUCCUGCAAAAUCCUGAAAUAUGCUAAAUAUAUUCUAGUAGUAAUUGUAGCAGUCUCAUUAUUUGAUGAAAUCUAUGAGAAAAUUAGCAAAAAGUACAAAUUGGAAUGA